AUGGCUGAGGAUAAAAAAACCUUUGUUGAUGAGAUAAAUAAAGUGUUGGCAAAGUCUGAAGGGCUCACCUUGAAGGAUUUGCUGUUCUCCUACCAGGGCACCCCGUAUCCUGUCACAGUGUGCAGUGCGGAAACAUUCCAAGCCCUCGAGAACCUGGAAGCCAGAAGAGAGGAUAUGGUGCUGGUGUCCUACCCCAAAUGUGGUGUGAACUGGCUUAUCCAGAUUUUAAGUGAUUUGAUAUUUACAACUAUCCAGAGUAAACCUGUAAGCGCAGAACUACCAUUUAUUGAAUGUGGAGAUCCAGAUAAAUAUCAGAGGAUGAAGCAGAUUCCGUCUCCAAGGAUUUUGGCAACACAUCUGAAUUAUGAUUGCCUCCCCAAGUCUAUUUUCAAGAACAAAGCCAAGAUACUAGUGCUGUUUCGAAACCCUAAAGAUACAGCUGUUUCAUUUUUCCAUUUCCACAACAAUGUGCCAAGUGUCCCCAGUUACAGCUCCUGGGAUGAGUUCUUCUCAGAGUUCAUGAAUGGGAAAGUCGUCUGGGGAUCCUAUUUUGAUCAUGCAGUCACCUGGAACAAACACAUUGAGGAUGAGAAUACAAUGAUCAUCAUGUAUGAAGACCUGAAAGAGAACCUGACUGCCAGUGUAAAGCAGAUAGCUGAAUUUUUUGGAUUCUCCCCAACGGCAGAGCAGAUCCAAUCCAUUGCAGACAGAGCCACUUUCCAGGCAAUGAAGGAUAAGGCUCAGGAGACUCAUGGUGCUGUUGGCUCAAUUCUUUUCCGCAAAGGUGUUGUUGGAGACUGGAAAAAUCUUUUCACUGAAGCUCAGAACCAGGAAAUGGAUGCCAAAUUCAAAAUGUGCUUAGAAGGAACUAAGCUGGGAGCGAAGUUAAAAUAUGAUGUGUACUGCAAGGCCUGA